CUUAUUUGUAUCGAGUUUAGUGGAAUGAAAGUAUGUAAUACUUAUCGUGUGAAUAACCUAGGUUACCUAUCUAUAGAUAUUAGCCUGGGUUCCAGUCUGUCGAUUUUUUAUGUGCUUCUGUUCGGCAAAUCGACUUUGAUAAUAGGAAAACCAGAGAUGUUGUGUUAACUCUGACGAUUGAAUAUGAAACAGCGCGUAUGUUAUGAAUAAGCAAAAAAAUAUCAACGCCUGAAUCCCAGGUUAUAUAGAUAUCUAAAUGACCUAUGUUGAAGAAGCAGAUCGUUUGUGUGAUAAAUUGACAAGUUAUUAAUAGAGAAAAUCGAUAAGAUAUUUUGAUAUUUCGAUGAUAAAAGUUCAACUUUAUUUCAAGUGCCAUGAUACAUACAAACGUAUUUAUACUGGCGGAUAAAGGAAACAGAAUCUUAUAGUAAAUAUCGUAAAAUCUCAAUCAAGUUAUGGUUAUAAAGUUUGGAUAUAGUUAGUUAGUUAAGAAUAAAAUGGAAGUAACAGAAUCUGAAAUUUCAAACUUUACUGUUGAUGAAACAUCCAAACAAGGGAAGGAAACCGGCCGGGGAAAGUCAACACAUGGGAUACCAACAUUACGUCAGACAUGGGGUUCGCAACUCGACUUUAUUAUGACGUCAGUCGGCUGUGCUGUGGGUCUAGGCAAUAUUUGGCGUUUUCCAUAUUUGUGUUAUAAGAAUGGGGGUGUACAAGCAUGGAAAAUGAUCCCUGUAUUUCAAGGUAAAAACAUUUAUAUAUUAUCUGGUGUAGUACAAGCAUGGAAAAUGAUCCCUGUAUUUCAAGGUAAAAACAUUUAUAUAUUAUCUGGUGUAGUACAAGCAUGGAAAAUGAUCCCUGUAUUUCAAGGUCUUGGUUUCGCAGCACAGAUUAUAUUGUUGUAUACGACCAUUUAUUACAUUGUCGUCGUUGCCUGGGCUUUAUAUUAUAUAGCAGUGUCCUUCACCUCACAGUUGCCAUGGGCUACGUGUGGAAAUUAUUGGAACACAGAAAGAUGUUAUGUAUUUAGUUUUCAGAUAUGUGUAUUUUCUUGGCAUGUUUUCAGGAGAAAAGUACUGAACAUGUCAAGUGGAAUACAAGAACCAGGUUCAUUAGUUCCAGGACUAGCUGUUGCCCUCCUCGUUGCUUGGAUUUUGGUUUAUAUCUGUAUAUGUCGAGGUGUAAGGUGGACUGGAAAGAUUGUGUAUAUCACCGCCAUUGCCCCAUACAUUCUGCUUACGAUUAUCUUCAUCCGGGGAGUUACAUUAAAGGGAGCAGGGACUGGUCUAAUAUAUUACCUUAAACCAGAUUUUAGUCGUCUCGCUGAUGGUCAGGUAUGGAUGGAUGGAGGAACACAGGUCAUUUACUCGAUUGGUGUUGGUCAAGGUUUUAUGAUAACGCUCGGAAGUUACAAUAACUUCAAGACAAAUUGCGCGAGGAAUGGACUUGUUAUCAUAUUUAUAAAUUGUCUAACAAGUCUUUUUGGAGGUCUAGCUGUCUUUUCCAUUUUGGGAUUUAUGUCAUAUGAAAUGGAAAUUCCAAUCGAAAAAGCUGUUUCACAAGGCCCAGGUUUAGUGUUUCUGGCGUAUCCAAAGGCUGUUACACAGAUGCCAAUGUCUCCUCUAUGGUCAGUCUUGUUCUUCCUUACAAUACUGUUUGUAGGACUGGACAGUGAGUUUGCUGGAGUAGAAGCCUUCUUGACACCGAUUAUGGACAAGUUUCCUAAACUUCUUUAUAAACCUAGAAAUCGUAUGAUAUUUGUGGGGAUAUAUUGCUUCAUAUGUUUCCUGCUAGGAUUAUCUAUGGUCACGCAAGGCGGGGUUUACCUGUUCCGCCUGAUAGAUUUCUACUGUGUUAGCGGUCUUGUUCUUCUUGCUAUGGUGUUCUUCGAGACUGUUGCAAUAGGCUGGGUUUUUGGGGCAGAUCGAUUUUAUGACGCUCUAGAAAUGAUGAUUGGCUAUCGAUGUGGACCGUGGCUAAAAAUAUCUUGGAAAUUCUUGGCUCCAUUAGUAAUUAAUGGUAUAUUCUGGUCCCAGUUGGUGCAGUUCAGACCUCUAACAUUUGAUGAUACCUAUGAAUAUCCGACUGGUGCAACAGUUCUUGGUUUUAUUUUCACCUUAUCAUCAAUCUCGUGUGUUCCUAUAGCAGCAGUUUAUUAUAUCGCUACAGCAAAAGGUUCACUGAAACAGAGACUUCAAAAAGUGACAACUCCAUUGCUUAAGAAACACCAGGUAGACCCGAGAUGGAAGGAGUCAGAUUACAAAUGGAAACUGGAAGAAUAUAAAAUGCACGAUGUAAAUAAUCCAUUUACUAUAGAUGAUGAGAUCAGCAGUACAAGUAUGGACUAAGCAUUGAGGACUUGGACAUAUUUUGUUAAUAGUGCCUGUCUAAAUGACUUGUUUAUUCAAUGCUGAUAUUAAGUGUUUCUUCGAUAAUAAAGGGAUGUCGUGGAGAUUAACGGAUAACACAAUUAUACCUCACUGCCUGAAGGCAUGUCGCACCCAUAAAUUGGUUGUAUAUUUGAAAAAAAUUGAUUAUCCUUUUGGCGAUUAGACAAUAAUUGAUAAUUGCAAAGGUUUAGGAUAAAAUAUAAAAAAAACUGCCUAAAAUAUAAAAAGAUUGCCCUACUCUUUUUGUAAUUGAACAUUACCGAUAAUUUCCAAAGGAUAUUAUUAAAUAUUGAUGUGAACCAUGGGGUAUUAAUAACUUAGGCGACGUUUAUUAUAAACUUGUAAACAAAUAUGACCAAAUGUAAUUUCAGUUUUAUUUAAACACUCACCGUAAACUGUUGGAUGGGCAUACUGUCACUUUAAGUAAAGAACUUAGUUAGUAAAUAUAUUAACACAAACACCCCGCGUUUUUUUUAUUGCACAUCAUACUCAUAAAUGUUAUUAAGUCGUGGUUGAUAUGAAAUGUGUCCUAUGGACACAUUAUCUAGUUAACUAUAUGUGUAUAUGUCAAGUAUAUCAAUUUUUAUAGACUUUUUUCUGUUUUCUAUUCUUCUCUGAUUUUUCAAUAUGUAAUGAUUAAAGCACCUAUGCAUAGAUCCCUGACAUGUUCGAUUAGAUGAUACAAUAAGAUUUUCACCACAACAUAUUUGUUAACAAAAGAGCACAGGUUAAAUCUAUUGUUAUUCAAAUAAAAGGUCAGAGUUGGGAUCCAUCACUUGAAUGUAUUUGUCAAAUAAUCACUCAGCAGAAGAAUUUUAUGACACAUUUUGUUAUAAUCCUAUUUUGUAAGAAUACUUGUUUGUGUAUAUUGUAAACUGUAUCAUAUUUAUAUAAUCCGAGAAAUAAAAUAUAAACUACUA